UCAAUACAUUGUCAAAUAAAAUCAGCUGUUCACAUGAACGUGUUUACAUUAAUUGAAAAAUAAAAUAAAAAUAUACAAAAUUAAAAAAUUCAAACGAAUUAUCAAAUAAUAUACUUAACAAUAUUUUACUACGUGUAAAUCGUGUUGUUUCAUGGUUGUGUGUAAUAACUGUGUAUAUUUAUUUUGCGAUUUAAUUCAGAAAUGUCUAAUUUGGGAGAAAAAUCCAAUACGAACGGCCUGGGAACCGACCCUCUACAGAGAUUAGCAUCGCUCAAACCUCCCAGGGACCUCUCACUUGGUGGGAUGAAACCCAACAGGAAAAUAUUUACGCCAAACUUAAAUGUCGCUAGAAAUAAAAAUAAAGGGCCUUCCACUGCAAGCUCCCGAGAUCAAAAUAGGGAUGACAGACAUAGAAAGGAUCUGAAAAAUGACAAGAAUAGGAACUUUAAAAAUGGCCCCAAAAUUAUCAAAUCCACCGGCGUUUUCUCUGAAGGUCUGGGCAGCGCAGAAAGGCAUACAAGCAGUCGAGUCUCAUAUGGUAGAGAAUCUGAAGGCACUCCCACGCUGCAACGACCAACUAUAAGAGUGAAAGAUGUUAUAAAGAUAGACAAAGAGUUAGAAGAGCAAAAGAUCAAGGCAGCAUUUGGCGACUCCACCUCAUAUGAAGAUGCGAGUGAGGACUUUAAGACUAUCUUAGACAUUGAAGCACCUGUUAAACUGCCUAUGGAUAAUGGAGGGUUGUCGAACGUAAAGUCGGGGGUCAAGGUUAAACAGGAGGUGGUUGUCAAACAGGAGCCUGCUGACGACGCGGACCUUACAAAUGUUCAUCCAAAACCACCGUUGGUAGAUGUCAAGGAAGUGUUUGAGGAGAACAAUGUUGCAGAUUUGUUGCGCAGCGACAAACCAGCUCUCAUACUACUGCAGCUAGCGGACACGCUGCCGGGACGCGGUGGCGGUGGAGACGACGCGCGCCCCUCCACUUCCGCGGAGGAGGGUGGAGGGGAUAAACCCCAGGUGGACAACAGAUGUCGCCUGGCCGACUUGGAAGAAGGCAAGAUUGGAAAGCUACGCGUGCACCGAUCAGGCCGUGUCACACUCGCUUUAGGAGACACUAUUUUUGAGGUGUGCGCGGGCACCAAAGCGUCGUUCCACCAGGAGGUGGUGUCGGUGGCCGCGGACGACGCGUCGCGCUCCGCGUGCAUGGUGUCCCUCGGCGCGCUCACGCACAAGCUCAACGUCACGCCGCACUGGCGGGACAUGUUCCACAACAUGUCCCUUUGAGCGGACAUGGCCUUUUUAUAGGACGUGCUUUUUAUAGGACAUGAUACAGAUGUUCUUAUAGGAUAUGCCCUUUUUAUGGGACAUCCCCUUGUAGAUGUUCUUUUUAUGAGACACACUCCAGAACAUCCCUUUGUGGAGACAACGGACAUCUGUAAACAAGAGUAAAACUUCUCUUGAUUGGUGGUUAAAACUUAUGACCGUUUGAAAAGGCAAUAAAUUGUUAUUUGUAAU